CUUCACGAAUGAGAGCAUGGGCGUAGGUUGACAAGCUUCGGCUUCGUUGAAUUGUCUCCGUUUGCUGCCUGGUUGAAUAGAAGAAACAAGAUGAAAUCCCUUUUAGUCACCGCUGUCAUUACUACCUUUCUUCUGGCUUUGUUCCUCCAUUCAGGAAAUGCUUUAGUGUGCUACAAUUGUCCAAUUCGUACCUGUAAUGAAACUGAAACCUGCACAGGUGUAAAAAAUGCUUGCUUAAUAGUAUAUCUUGGUUCACAUAAUACGUCUCAAUGCUGGAAGUAUUCUGAUUGCAAUGUAGACUUUAUUUCACAACGUUUCUCAAGUAAAAACUUCAGAUUCAAUUGCUGCCAAUCGAAUUUGUGUAACAAUGCUCCAAAUCUAGUAACUAGCAAAAUACUUCUCAAUGGGGCUUUCUUGCUCACUGUUGCUCAUAUCUUAAAGUCUUUAGUCUGGAACUGAAACGGGGUCUUGUUUUUCAGUUUAAAAAGAUACAGGACACUGUUGUCAUUUGAGAAAUGGUUCUUGGUGGACAAGAUUAAAUUAUUAAGAUACAGCAUUAUGUAGAUAAAAUUUGUUUGCUGUACUGCACUUCUCAUAUUUUUCCUUACAUUACUUAAUUGGAAACUUACAUUUAAUCUGUAAGACAUUCAUAUUAGCCAAAUGUGGAUGUAUAAAGACUUCCUUUUGUUUGGAACACCUUUUUGUAUCUCAUAAAACUGCCAACUACAUUUUAACUUGCAAGGAAUUGCCGCAAUAAAACUGCUGUUGUAUAUUUA